AUGAGUGAAGAGGAAAAGACACAGAGGACCGAGGAUCAAGGUCCGCCGACCGUUACGCCGCAAACGCCGUCGCAAAAUGAGUCGCAAGAAGAUUCAACUCCAACACCAUCGAAUUUUCGCCAUGUCGUGGUCGUCGCUGCGGGCUUCAUGACAAUGUUCAUGACCUGUGGUAUCGUCUUUUCUUUCGGAGUGUAUCAAGCUAUCUACGAGGAGAUGGCCACAGAGCCCAACACCCCAUUUACAGGGGCGUCGUCCUCAAUCAUUAGUUUGAUCGGUACAUUGGGUAUCGCGCUGAUGUCGAUGGGUGGGCCAUUUGUCAGUGCCUGGGCCAAGCUCUACGGUCCACAGCCCAUAAUUAUGUUCGGAGGCUUGAUAUUUGGUUUAGGAUGUAUCCUAGCCAGUCUUAGCCAAUACAUCUGGGAGUUUGAGUUGACUCACGGUGUUCUGGUCGGUAUUGGUUGCUGCAUGGUUUAUGUUCCAACUAUGUCCGUUGCACCAACAUGGUUCAGCAAACGGCGCGGUCUUGCUAUGGGAAUCAUUAUCGGUGGAUCUGCCUGCGGAGCUAUGGUUUGGCCUCCUGUAUUACGGGCAAUCACCUCCAGCCUCGGCUUCCGGGAUUCGCUUCGCAUCUCCGGUUGCUUGUCAGUGCUUUUCGUGCCCAUCUCCGGGUAUGCCUUGACCUGGGAGCCAAAGUUCAAAGCAAAGCUCGAGGAGCAAAACGCCGGAAUUCCCAAGAGGACUGGAUGGGCGAAGGUGCCUUUGAUCAACUGGGAAAUCGUGAAAACGAAGAAAUUCUUUGCUCAAGCAUUGGGCUGCUUCUUACAAUCAGCUGGGUACUCUACUCCGCUCUUCUUCUACGCAGCGUUCGCUCGCUCGCUAGGCUACAGCAAUGCUAUGGCGGAUAACUUUAUCACCAUCAGUAACGCGUCCAACUUUGUUUCCCGUAUCGUGAUAGGCUACGCCGCCGACAAACUUGGUCGCUUGAAUGUGCUCCUCGUCACAACCGUGCUGAGUGCUAUCGCUGUGUUUGGAUUCUGGCUUCCAGCCACUUUCGCCGGUGACACCAUUUCUGUCAAAGCCGGCGAGGUGCUGUUUAUUCUGUUUGUCAUUUCUUUCGGCGCUUUCGGUAGUGCUUAUAUCGGGCUGUUCCCCGCCAGUCUCAUUGAACUCUUCGGUGUUCAAAACUUUACCUCGGUGAAUGGCGCUCUGUACCUUAUUCGGGGCACGGGAGCUCUACUGGGAACUCCCCUAACGGGAUUAUUACUUCCUGGCCAGUCGGCCCUCUCUGGUGUGGCCUCUUAUGAGAGAGCGACCAUCACUGUGGGUGUUUUACUUUUCGCGGCAAGUGUUGCUACACUAUGGGUGCGAUUAGAGGCAGCCAACGGGAAAGCAUGGGCAUGGAAGAUGUGA